AUGCUUCGUACCAGGAGUUUAGAAGCCUUGAGGCGAUUCUACAGGCGUGGUUUUGGUGUACAAGCAAGGCUGGCGUCAACAGUCAGUUCGCAAGCGCUCUUGAAUGCUCGAGAAACAUCGAGUAUUGGUAAUCUGCAUUGGGAGGCCUAUCGAAAACAAGUUGAGGACCCAAAGAUCGGUGGCGAGCUGAAACGACUAGAAUCUCAGUGGUUACACGAACUGUCGCUGAAAAGUGACGGAAAAAGCGAUCAGAAGCCCCCCGUGGAUCCCAAAACAUCCGAAAAGGAUGACAAUGAUUCAAAAGAUAAGGGAUCGCCAGAUUCCCAGACUCCAAAAAAAGACACCGAAAUCUCAAAAUCUAGUGAUUCUGGCGCAUCUGCCGUCUCUAGCACAAGCUCAAUGGGGGGUGCCCCAUCAGGAAGUGACGGAAAUGGAGGCGAUGAUGGCUCUGAACGCGGGAGCGAUACAAAACAUUCUUCAAAAAAACCCAAGCUACCGGAGAUUUAUCCACAAAUGCUGGCACUGCCAAUUUCCAGACGUCCGCUCUUUCCAGGCUUCUACAAAGCCGUUGUGAUUUCUGACAGCAGAGUUAUGACGGCCAUCAAAGAAAUGCUGGAACGCCAGCAACCCUACAUCGGUGCUUUUCUAUUAAAAGACUCCAAUGUGGACACCGACGUUAUUCACAACACUAACGAGGUCUACGAAACAGGUGUUUUUGCACAGAUUACCAGCGCAUUUCCCAGCAAAGAUGAAAAAUCUGGCGCUGAGACGAUGACGGCACUUCUUUACCCACACAGAAGAAUCAAAAUAGAUGAGCUACUUCCGCCCACUGGUGCCAAGGCUAAUUCUGGCACUCCUGCAUCGUCGAACUCCAAUAGUUCCGAAUCACUUUCUGUCAACAAAGAAGGAGAUAACGAAGUCCAAAGCCUUCAGACUAAAACGAGUUCGAUAGACAAUCUAGAUAUCAUCGAGGAGGAAACAAAUCCUACCGAGUUUCUGAAAGAGUAUGAUAUAUCCCUAGUAAAUGUGUCAAAUCUUGAAGAUAAAGAAUUUGACAGGAAGUCCCCCGUUAUAAACGCAUUAACCUCCGAAAUACUCAAAGUGUUCAAAGAGAUUUCUCAGCUGAAUACCAUGUUCAGGGAGCAGAUCGCCACUUUUUCAGCAUCCAUCCAGUCCGCUACAACUAACAUAUUUGAGGAACCUGCGCGAUUAGCUGACUUUGCCGCAGCCGUUUCGGCAGGGGAAGAAGAGGAAUUACAGGAAAUUCUGGAGUCAUUGGAUAUUGAGCAAAGAUUGGAGAAAUCGCUGGUUGUGCUGAAGAAGGAGCUAAUGAACGCAGAAUUGCAGAAUAAGAUCUCCAAGGACGUUGAGACUAAAAUACAGAAAAGACAACGCGAAUAUUACCUAAUGGAACAACUAAAGGGAAUUAAACGUGAACUUGGGAUUGACGAUGGAAGGGAUAAAUUAAUCGAGACUUUCAAGAAAAGACUGGAGAAACUACAGCUACCAGAAAACGUUCAAAAAGUGUUUGAUGACGAGGUUACCAAAUUGGCUACCCUUGAAACGUCUAUGUCUGAGUUUGGUGUUAUCCGGAACUACUUAGACUGGAUUACAACCCUCCCAUGGGGUGUCACCUCCAAAGAGCAAUACUCUAUACCAUUGGCUAAGCAAAUUUUAGACGAAGAUCACUACGGACUCAAAGACGUUAAGGACAGAAUCCUGGAAUUCAUUGCAGUUGGUAAGCUUUUAGGGAAAGUUGAUGGAAAAAUAAUAUGUUUUGUUGGUCCUCCAGGUGUUGGUAAAACAUCGAUUGGUAAGUCUAUCGCUCGCUCUUUGAACCGUCAAUUUUUUAGGUUCUCUGUUGGUGGUAUGACUGACAUUGCCGAAAUCAAGGGUCACAGGAGAACUUACAUUGGAGCUCUGCCUGGUAGAGUAAUCCAAGCACUGAAAAAAUGCGAGACGCAAAACCCACUCAUUUUGAUCGACGAGAUUGAUAAAAUUGGUCACGGCGGUGUUCACGGUGAUCCUUCUGCUGCGCUCCUAGAACUAUUGGACCCUGAACAAAACAAUACUUUUCUGGACAACUAUUUGGACAUCCCCAUGGAUUUAUCUAAAGUUCUGUUCGUUUGCACAGCAAACACCCUCGACACCAUCCCAAGGCCCUUGCUGGACAGAAUGGAAGUGAUUGAAUUGACCGGAUAUGUGGCUGAAGAAAAAAUCAAAAUUGCUGAACAGUACUUAUCGCCUAGCGCGAAGCGCGAUGCUGGGCUUGCCAACGCAAACGUCAAUUUGACCGAGGAAGCUGUUAUUUCCCUGAUGAAGCUUUACUGCAGAGAGAGCGGUGUACGGAAUCUAAAGAAGCAUAUUGAGAAGGUCUACAGGAAAGCAGCGCUGAACGUUGUAAAACAAAUGAGUCUCGAUGAGCCACCGGCCAAUGUUGCGAGUAAAGGGGAUGCUGUGAAAGACAGGAAGGAGGAGACCGUUGGGUUUACUGAAUCUCUGUCCGAGCAAGACGCAAAAUUGACAGUCAAGAAGACUCAAGACAGCGAGGAGGCCGUGACUGUGCCUAAAAGUAUACAAAUCGACAUCAAUCCCAACAACUUGAAAGACUAUGUUGGUCCUCCGGUUUACACGUCCGACCGACUAUACGAAACAACACCACCCGGUGUUGUUAUGGGUCUAGCGUGGACAAGUAUGGGUGGCUGUGCGAUGUACGUGGAGUCUGUUCUCGAACAGCCCAUCAGUUCAAAAUCCCAGCCCUCGUUGGAACGUACUGGCCAGCUGGGCGACGUCAUGAAGGAAUCAUCCAGACUUGCUUACUCAUUUGCAAGGAUGUUUUUGAGCAAGACUUUCCCCGAUAACCGAUUUUUUGAGAAGGCAGCCAUCCAUUUGCACUGUCCUGAAGGAGCAACGCCCAAAGACGGACCAAGCGCAGGUGUCACCAUGGCCUCUUCUCUUCUUUCGUUAGCAUUAAACAAGCAGCUUGAUCCAACCGUUGCUAUGACCGGCGAACUGACACUGACCGGAAAAGUUUUGCGUAUUGGUGGGCUUCGCGAAAAGGCCGUUGCUGCCAAAAGGUCCGGAGCAAAGACCAUUAUUUUCCCCAAAGACAAUCUAAACGAUUGGGCUGAACUUCCAGACCAUGUAAAGGAAGGUUUGGAGCCUCUUCCUGCCGCUUGGUAUGACCAAAUCUUUAAUAAGCUCUUCUCAGAUGUCUCACUACCGGAAGGAAACUCUGUGUGGAAGUCAGAAUUUGACAUAAUCGAUGCUCAAGAAGAAAAGAGAAACGAAUAA